CCAAGCUUUCCACUCCGCCGCCUCACUCUUCUUCGCCCCCACGCGCUUCGCCCACAGCACACCCGCUGCAGUACCAGCACCCCAACCGCAUUUCGGCACCGGCAGAUAACACCGCCAACUCUCUCCCACGCCGCCCCACACCACACCCCACACCACACGCUCGCACAGCUCGCGAAGAGCAACCCGCACAAUGAAUUGGCUCUUCGGAAAGAAGGAUCAGCCCAUCGGCCCGCCGCCGCCGCCCGUGCCGCCAUCGGAGACCCUCGCGCAGCAGGUCAAGCGCAACCAACGGUCGAUAGACAAGGCGUGCCGCGAGCUGGAGCGCGAGCGGCUCAAGAUGGAGGCCCAGGAGAACAAGCUCAAGGGGCAGAUCAAGAAGACCGCCAAGGAGGGCCAGCUGGAGGCCGCGCGGAUGCUCGCCAAGGACCUCGUGCGCACGCGCGCGAACAUCACUAGAAUGUAUCAGAUGCGCACGCAGAUGCAGAGCGUGUCCAUGCAGCUCACGGCCAUGCGCACCAACGAGGCCAUGGCGUCGGCCAUGGGUAAUGUCGUCAAGAUCAUGGGCAGGAUUAACCAGACCAUGAACCUCCCGGCCAUGCAGAACGUCAUGAUGCAGUUCGAGAUGGAGCACGGCAAGAUGGAGAUGACCCAGGAGAUGAUGGAUGACGCUAUGGGCGAUAUGCUCGGCGGCGCGGAUGAGGAGGCACAGACAGAUGAUGUUAUCAAUCAGGUUAUGGACGAGCUUGGCCUAGAGCAGGGCUCGAAGCUUGGCGCCAUUUCCAACGCGACCGGCAGGCCCGAUCAGGUCGCCAACGAGCAGGCGGAUAGCGCACUUGAGGCACGCAUGGAGCAGCUACGCCGUUAGAGCGUUUGUGCCUCGUUUUCGUCGGUUGUGCCGCUGUAUUGUCCAUAGGUAAAGUCGAGCAAUGUUUGUGACGUGUUAAAGACUACUCGUGAGACUUUUUGUCUACUACGACCUGUCUUUGACCUGUCUUUGCACGCUUAUAAGCGCCUGCGCUUUUUGUUUGACGCGGAAGCAUGAGCGCCAAAAGGAUGCAUCCUUGGACGGGGUUGCCGACGUGCUUUAAAUGUUGUUGUGCGCGCCGUUCAUUUCCUGAAAUAGAAUGUGACAUGCGGGGAAAAUUGGGCAGUCAUGGUCAAUUCAGAAAAUUGG